AUGGCAGAAGAAAAUAGGACUCUGGUAACUGAGUUUGUCCUCACUGGACUUACGGAUCGUCCCGGGCUGCAGGUGCCCCUGUUCCUGGUGUUCUUGCUGGUCUACCUCGCCACCAUGGUGGGCAAUCUGGGCCUGAUUGCUCUCAUCUGGAAGGACGCCCGCCUGCACAGCCCCAUGUAUUUAUUCCUUGGCAGUCUAGCCUUUGCAGAUGCAUGCACUUCAACCUCUGUGACUCCUAAGAUGCUUAUCAAUUUUUUAUCUAAGAAUCACGUGAUAUCCCUCUUUGAAUGUAUGGCCCAAUUUUAUUUUUUUGGUUCCAGUGCAACCACAGAGUGUUUCCUUCUGGUAGUCAUGGCCUAUGACCGCUAUGUAGCCAUAUGUAGCCCCUUGUCUUAUCCAGUGCUUAUAUCCAAUGGCCUCUGUACUCGGGGAAUAGGCGUUUCAUAUUUCAUUGGUUUUCUGCAUUCAGCAGUUCAUGUGGGUUUGUUAGGUAGACUAACUUUCUGCAAGUCCAAUAUCAUACAUUAUUUCUACUGUGAAAUUUUACAACUGUUCAAAGUUUCUUGCAUCCAUCCUGUGGUUAAUAUGCUUCUGAUUUUAAUCUUUUCAGCUUUUAUACAAGUCUUCACUUUUAUGGCUAUCAUAAUCUCUUACUCCUGCAUUCUCUUUGCCAUCCUGAAAAAGAGGUCUGAGAAAUGCAGAAGCAAAGCCUUCUCCACAUGCAGCGCCCACCUGCUCUCAGUCUCUCUGUUCUACGGCACUCUCUUCUGCAUGUACGUGCGUCCUGGGUCUGGACCAGCGGAAGAUCGGGACAGAAUGUAUUCCUUAUUUUACACGAUAAUAAUUCCCCUGCUAAAUCCUUUUAUUUACAGCCUGAGGAACAAGGAGGUUAUAGGUGCCUUGAGAAAAAUAAUGAAGAAAUAA